UGCUGUAAGGAGCGAGAAGAGCGAAGCAGGCGGAGAAGCGGAGCUAGGUUGGGGAGGGGGGCCGGCAGGCGGGGAGGGAUCGAACGACUCCCGCCCGCUUCCAGGCGCAACAUCUGCAAGGCAGCUCGGGGCCCCCUCCCCCUCCAGGAAACACCUCCAGGGAUCCACCGAGGAUUGCGCGCCCCCUCCUCCGCCCCGCGUCCCCCCCCCCCCGCGUCCGCACAUCGCCUCCCCCUCCUCCCUCCCCCACCGCCGCAACUUUUCUCUCGCAUGAUCUCCGUCGCACGGAUUUGCCAUUCGGAUGCCGCCUCGUCGGGAACGGAGCUCGGAGCCACUUUGAACCCGCGGCAGCAGCAGCGGCGGCAGCCUCCCGUCGCCGUCCUCUUCCGCCGCCGCCAGUGCUAUGACAGGCAAACUCUUGGAGAAGCUGCCGGGGACCAUGAACACUUUGAUGAACCAGUUGCCUGACAAUUUGUACCCGGAGGAGAUCCCCAACUCUCUCAACAUCUUCUCGGGCAACGGCGAGGCGUCGGUGCCUCACUAUAAUAACCAGAUGGCGGCAGAUAAUGUUAUGGAUAUUGGCUUAGCCAACGACAAGCCCAGCCAGGACCUGUCGUCGUACUCGGGCUCCUUCCAGCCGGCCCCCGGGGGCAACAAGACGGUGACCUACCUGGGCAAGUUCGCCUUCGACUCGCCGUCCAACUGGUGCCAGGACAACAUCAUCAGCCUGAUGAGCGCGGGCAUCCUGGGGGUGCCGCCGUCCUCCAGCGCCCUCGCCGGCAGCACGCAGGCCUCCUCCGGCAGCAUGGUGCAGGUGCAGAGCCAGGCCGAGGUGGAGGGCAUGUACCCGGCGCUGCCCCCCUACUCCGCCUGCAGUGACCUUUACCCGGGCGAGCCCUUCCACGACCCGCAGGGCAACGCCGGCCUGCCCUACUCCCCGCAGGACUACCAGGCAGGGGGCAAGCCGGCGGGCGGCCUCGACGGCGGCAACCUCUUCCCCAUGAUCCCGGACUACAACCUCUACCACCACCCCAACGAGCUGGGCGGCCUCCCCGAGCACAAACCCUUCCAGAACCUGGACCCCAUCCGGGUCAACCCGCCGCCCAUCACGCCCCUGGAGACCAUCAAAGCCUUCAAGGACAAGCAGAUCCACCCGGGCUUCGGCGGCCUCCCGCAGCAGCCGCACCAGCCGCCGCUCACCCUCAAGCCCAUCCGGCCGCGCAAGUACCCCAACCGGCCCAGCAAGACGCCGCUGCACGAGCGGCCGCACGCCUGCCCGGCCGAGGGCUGCGACCGGCGCUUCUCGCGCUCCGACGAGCUGACGCGGCACCUGCGCAUCCACACGGGCCACAAGCCCUUCCAGUGCCGUAUCUGCAUGCGCAGCUUCAGCCGCAGCGACCACCUCACCACCCACAUCCGCACGCACACGGGCGAGAAGCCCUUCGCCUGCGAGUUCUGCGGCCGCAAGUUCGCGCGCUCCGACGAGCGCAAGCGCCACGCCAAGAUCCACCUCAAGCAGAAGGAGAAGAAGGCCGACAAGGCCGGCCCCGCCGGCGCGCCCAACGCCUCGCCGCCCGUCUCGCUGGCCCCCGCCGUCACCACCUGCGCGUGACGCUGGACGGGCCUCCCGGGCGCGGCCGCCUGGCGCGGAGCCUGCCCGCCCCAGCGCCCCGACCCCCGGCGGCGCCUUCGCGGGGCAGAGCCGGGCGGCGCCGGGCAGCCGCUGCCCCCGGAGGAGCCCUUGUGCUGGGGGGCGCCGGGCGGCUCCGGAUGGCACGUCUGAGCCGCCGCCCGCCCCCAUCUUCCUCCUUGACUCCCUCCCUGGAGGGGGGCACCAAAGCGCAGUGCUUGCUGCCCGUGGAGACCGCGUGUGUGUGCGUGCGUGCCUGCCUGCCUGCCUAUGUGUGUGUCGGUGACUUCGAGGAGGCCCUCUCCCCACCGCCCCCCCCAGAAGUGGACCGCAGAAAGAAACGCUCAGGAGUGCCCCUGCCCUGCCCUGCCCGGGGAGGGGGGCUGCAGGAAACAAGCGUGGCCUUCCAUCCCAGGGGAGGCGCCUUCUAGGAACUCCCCCCCCGCGCCCCCCCCCGCGCCUCGCUGCUGCCGCUGCUUCUGUCUUUUCGACCCCCGCUCCCGAGCUCCUUCUCCCCCGCCCCUUCUCAUUCGCUGCAAGAAAAGACCCGUAGCUUGGCAUCGGCUGCUCCUGGCUUCGCACAUCGAGUGGGUUUUUCUCUCUACAGCUGAGCCCCUUCCUUUCUCCUGGGUCCUCCUUUUGCCCCGGCUUCCUCCAAAGGGUCCUCCGAUCCCCAUCACAAACCAUCUUCCCCCCCAAUUUAGGCCAGUCUGCCCGUGCCAAUUCACCUCUUAUGCCCACCUUGCCCUGUCAAGGGCAGGGAAGGAAUGGUCUUCAAAAAGCAGGGUCCUUCCAGUCACUCUUGGUCCAAUAGACAAGAGUGAGGAAAUGGGGUGUGUGUGUGUAUGGAGGGGGGUAUUACAGCUUUAAUUUUGUCUGUUUGUUUAGGGAGGGGAUAGAGUUAAAGAGAAAGGAUUAGGAACUGGGGGUACAGACAUUCCUAAAGGUUAUUUCCUCCAAAGGAGGAGGGGGGACAGAAUAACCUCCUUGUAAUCCCUCUCUCUUUGAUUUGUCACCCCCAGCCCACCUCCUGUUGGGCAGUUUGGAAUGUACUGACUGGGCUGAGCCCCACCAGGAAAUGGGGGUGAAGGGGCUGGGCUGCCUCCUUCCAUCUGACUUGAAUGUACUUUUGCUUCCUAUAGGCAUUUUUCUUCUUGAGGCUGGGAUACUGUUGGGGGAUGGAAGUGGCUGUAGAGUUUACAGGGUGUCUGUUCAAAGGGUCACUUUAUGCACCCCUUGCCCCCUCCCUGUUCUUUUAAAAGCACUGUGUGUGUGUGUGUGUGUGCGCGCCCGUGUGCGUGUCAAAUUCAAAUGAACUAUUUAAGUAUUGAAAAUACCAUUUUUUAAAAAGUGAAUGGAAUGUGGGUUUGCAAUUUCCAGGUCAUUCUAGCUCACCCUGGGAAUGUAAUUUUGGGAAAGAGGGCUACUGGGCAUCAGUCUGGCUGGGGUGGUUUAUUUUUUAGCACAAGAGCAAUUCUUUCCAGAAAUGCAGAAAACAGUGUUUUACUGAGUACUUUUUAUAAUGUGAUUUUUUGUUUGUUUUAUUUGGGGGUCACUUAAAACUGAGGGGGAGAGAGAAAGCAAUUUGCCCUUUUCCUUUUCUUCUCCUGGUACGUGCAUGUCAUUUGCAUGUCUUGCUUUGUUUUUCUUUUCUUUUUGAUUUUUUUUGGUUUUAAUAAAAUGCUCAGAUAUUUAAGUAAAAUGAUGAUGAUUAAAAAAAACUUUGUUGCCAAAAGGUUGUGUUUUAUCCAGGUUUGAUGUCUGCAUGUUUUAAAAAAAUUAAAACAAAAAAAUUCUCAGAGAGAAAAAACUGCAGUCUAAUUUAUGUGAACUGAAAGAAACAAAAAUCAGGUUUAACUACAAAAAAUCUAAGGGAAUGAUAUUUUUUGAAAGACUUUUGUAUAAAGUUGAGUACUUAGAAAAAAGACAAACCAGAUGUAAUAUAUUUUGUGGAUGUUUUUAUUUCUUGGAUUUAUAGUACCUUAUACUAAGGUUAAAAUGCUUGAUAUUGUGAAAAAGAAAGUGAUAAUUUUCACACACAUUUCAUUUGCUCAUUUGUCACGUUGUAAUGCAAAUAUGAUAGUUAAUGCAUACAGCAUUUUAAAGGGGAAAAAUCAGAAAUUUUGAACUGAUGUCUUGUUGUACCAUUUGCACUGUGAGCAAAUGCUAAUGCAGUAAAGAU